AUGGGGUGCUGUUUCAUGUGCGAAGACAAAUGCCUCACUUUUGAGGGCACUUUGCGCAGAUUACUAGCGACAAAGACAACGGCAAGUGGUAGACCAAGAGAGUACCACAUCAAAGGUUUUGGGUUUGCACUUCAGAUUUGGGCUUUUGAGGUGUUUCUAGCUUUGGCUGCACUGCAUUUUGUCGUGCACGAAGAGAAUGGCCACAUCCCUCAUAUACUACAAUGGAGAAGCAAUACUUCGACUCGUUUUCAUGAGCUAAUGAGCCAAGUUGAUGUGCAACUUCUCCGCCCAAGUGUAAUUGACAAGCAACAGCCCUAUUGGACUUGGGGUGACAGUGUUGACAACAAUGAAGAAAUUGUAGAAUUGUUUGUUGAUGAGGCCGAAGAAAAAACCAGCAUUUCUGUUGAACAAAAAGAUGAUGAAUUUGAUGAAGCUGUUAUCCUUCCGUCGUUUUCUAAGGUAAGCAUGACAAGACCCUCCCCGAAUCUCCUCGGAAACCGGGACGGACCCCGUCUAAAUUCCGACAUCACCCUGAUGCCGAGCCCACAUACUAAAGACUGA